AGAACUUGUGUGGAUUUUCAUCUUGGUGGAAUGCACAUUUGUCAAAAUGAGCUCGCAGUCGAUAGAAAGCUGGAUAUCCGAACAUCUGUAUCAACUGAUUGGUUUUAGUGAUCAAGCAACAGCACAAUUUAUUGAAGCACUUGCGAGAAAGGCUAGUAAUCCAACUAUAUUGUAUCGGGAGGUUACGCAGUAUGGAUUUCCCCAAGGAAAAGAGGUGGAGAACUUCGCAACUAGUCUUUUCAACCGAGUCAACCCAAAUAGAAGUGUUUCAUCUGCCAACAGCACUGUAAAGCCUCGUGAAAAAGCUCCCAAAUAUGAGUUACUUCUUUCGAGUGACGAGGAAGAAAGUCUUGUUAACAGGAAGACCGCCUUAGCAAGUGCAGAACAUAACUUGAAAAGAGCAAAGAGAAGGAAAAGAAGCCCUAUAGUAAGUGAAGAGGAAGAUGAACAAGAAAUAAAGGCCUUGGAAUCCCGUUUAGCAACCAGGGCAGAAGGAACUUGUAAGAAGGGUGAAGAAAAGAAUGGUGAAGGUAGAGACCAAAAUGUGGAAAAGGAACUGGAACGUCAACAAGAUAUGAGUGAGAGAGAUGCGUUUGCCAAGAGACUCAUGGAACGUGACUCCAAACGUAAAAGUGACUCGAAGGAAGAACAAGUCUCUGAAGAUGUUACCCGCAACGAAGAAAUGAUCAACUUGUUAAGAGAAUUGUCUAGGCAAGAAUAUUUGAAGAAGAGAGAACGACGAAAGUUGCGAGAAUUGGAAGCUGAAUUGAGAGAUGAAAUAGAGUUAUUUGGAGAAGAGCAGCUGACCGAGAAGGAAAGAAAAGAUUGGGAACUCAAGAAGCAACUUUAUGAAAUUGCCUCCAAAAGAGUAAAAGAAAUGGAUCAGGAAGAAAGUCAUUACAAGAUGCCUGAUCCUUUUAUGGAUGAAAUGGAACAAAGAGGAGAUAUGCAGAAGAAGUUGGACGUUUUGACCCAGCGAUUUAAGGAAGCACCCAAGAAAGAGUUUAAAACUGACCAAGAGGAAUGGGAAGAACAACAAAUCAGUUUGGCUCUUUCAACUAGAAAUUCUUCUGAUUCAGGCAAAGUCGAUAAUUUAACUGGAAAGACUGCCUAUGAGUUGGUAUUGGACGAUUCCAUCGAUUUCAUUUCAGAAGAUAUUCUUUCUGGUCAAGGAACUGUAGAAACGAAAUCCAGUUUAUCGAAACCGAAAGAUAUUCGCAAGGAAUGUGAGAGUCUUCCAAUAUAUCCAUUUAGAGAUGAACUAUUACAAGCUAUAGAAGCCUACAAAGUUUUGGUAGUAGUUGGAGAAACCGGUUCUGGUAAGACUACGCAACUUCCUCAAUAUUUACAUGAUGCAGGUUAUACGAAGAGAGGAAAGAUUGGUUGUACUCAACCUAGACGAGUAGCUGCAAUGAGUGUAGCGGAUAGAGUAAGCAAGGAGAUGAAAGUCAAGUUAGGUUCAGAGGUUGGCUAUUCUAUUCGCUUUGAAGAUUGUACUUGUGAGAAGACAGUUAUUAAGUACAUGACGGAUGGAAUGCUUCUAAGAGAGUUUCUAAACGAGCCAGAUCUUGCUAGUUAUUCCGUCAUUAUCAUCGAUGAAGCUCACGAACGUUCAUUACAUACGGAUAUAUUAAUGGCACUUGUAAAGGAUUUAGCUCGAGAAAGAGAAGACAUAAAAGUGAUUAUUAGUUCAGCUACAUUGAAUGCUGAGAAGUUUUCAGUUUAUUUUGAUGAUGCUCCAGUUUUUAAUAUUCCUGGAAGACGCUUUCCUGUAGACCUUUAUUACACGAAAGCUCCAGAAGCAGAUUAUGUCGAUGCAGCGUGUAUAACUGUUUUACAAAUACAUGCAACUCAACCCGCAGGAGAUAUUUUGGUUUUCCUUACUGGACAGGAUGAAAUAGAAUCAGCUGUCGAAAUGCUAAACGAAAGAACGAGAGGUUUGGGAUCUCGUCUUGGAGAGUUGAUCAUUUGUCCCAUUUAUUCAACUUUACCUUCAGAACAGCAAGCAAAGAUAUUUGAUCCAACUCCUCCUGGUGCAAGAAAAGUUGUUUUGGCAACGAAUAUUGCAGAAACGAGUGUAACUAUUGAUGGUGUAGUUUAUGUGAUUGAUCCUGGAUUUUGCAAACAAAAGCGAUAUGAUCCUCGAGCAGGUAUUGAAUCCCUAUUGGUAGUUCCAAUAUCUCGUGCAUCUGCUAUACAAAGAGCUGGUCGUGCAGGUAGGACACAACCUGGAAAGUGCUUCCGACUUUAUACAAAGUGGAGUUAUUAUAAUGAAAUGAGCGAUGAAACUUCACCAGAAAUAUUGCGUACCAACCUAAGUCAAGUCGUCUUAUCACUCAAGUCUUUGGGUAUCGAUGAUCUUAUUCACUUUGAUUUUUUGGAUAAGCCUCCUACCGAUGCUCUAAUACGUUCAUUGGAACAAUUAUAUGCUUUGGGAGCUCUAAAUGAUCGUGGAGAGCUCACCAAACUAGGUCGUCGAAUGGCUGAACUUCCUCUGGAUCCUCCCAUGUCCAAGUGUUUGAUUGCUUCAGAGAAGUAUGGCUGUUCAGAGGAAAUUAUUACUAUAUGUGCAAUGUUAUCGGUAAACAAUUCCAUAUUCUAUCGCCCAAAGGACAAGGCAGUCAUGGCAGAUUCUGCAAAGGCGGCAUUUCAUAGAGCCUAUGGUGGAGUGGGUGAUCAUUUAGGCUUAUUAGCUUGUUAUUGUCAGUGGAUGGACACUGGCUAUUCUACUCAAUGGUGUUAUGAAAACUUUGUUCAGGUAAGAAGUAUGAAAAAGGCAAGAGAUAUUCGAGAUCAAUUGGAUGCUAUGUUGGAAAGAGUUGAAGUCUCAAAGUGUUCCACCAAUGAUCAUGAAAAAAUUCGCAAGGCUCUUGUAGCUGGUUUCUUUUAUCAUGUUGCUUGUCUUCAGAAGAACGGUUCCUAUCGCACAAUUAAGAAUCCAAUAUCCGUUCAUAUUCACCCAAGUAGUUCACUUUUCAAGUCAGAGAAACUUCCUCGUUGGAUUUUAUAUCAUGAGUUGGUAUUUACUUCGGAUUAUUUUGUUCGUCAGGUGACGGAGAUUGACUCUUCUUGGCUAUUAGAAGUAGCCCCGCAUUAUUAUCGAGAGAAGGAAGUAGAAGAUACUAGUAAAAAGAAAAUGCCUCGUGCUAUGGGAGCCAAAGCAAAAUAGAUGGCUAUAUACAACAUGAGCUUCUUAUAUAACAAAUAUUUCUUUUCAUUUGUAAUGAUACUUGCUAUUUCAUAAUGAUAAGCAUAUUUUGAUAAAAGCUUUCAACACAAAUGGUCAA